AUGUGUAGUAUGAGCGUGUCGAGGGGAGACCUCCGCAUGUGCGCCUUCUCCGGAGGGGGGAAUGUCCAGGUUGCCGCCCCGUUCGAGAUGGCCCUCGUGGCACGGGAGAGGGGGAGCUGCAUCGUUAGGGAGCUACAGGACCCGCCAGUCGUCCCAAAGGUUACGGAGGAGGGGAUGUAUGCCCGUCUUGGCGUCGCGGACGAGCGCUUUUUCAUCAGCCUCAUCGACGACGAGCUCGCGCGCCUGGCCGCCGUGUCGACGGAUGACCCCGCCGUGGCUGCUGUUGUUGCAGUCGCUGUGGAGGACGUGCAGGAGCGCCGCGCGGAGGUCCUGACGCGCCGCCAUAUGCGCAGCACCGUCGAGAUGGGGGAGCCGCAGCGCGGGGAGACGCGCCUGUUUUAUCAAGCAAAGGAUACGCAAAACGUCUUCCUGCACCCGGUCAACCACCGCUGCUUGUCCGCCGAGUUUUGCGCAGAGUUUGCCAACGCACCGCCACGCGUGCGUGGAGUCGUGCUGCAGCUGGAGCGAUAUACCAUGGACGACGCGCUGAGAAGGAAGUAUCGCUUUCUGGACCAUCUGCCGGACGGCUGUGAGUUUGCAUUUGUCGAGCUUGAUAUCAACCACUUACUCUCGCCCAAGACCUUGGAGCUUCACGGCGCAGAGCUCAAGGCCAGGAAAACCAGCAGGAAGAGGAAGCAGACCAAGGACCGGAGGGAGAGCAUCCGCAUCGAGAGGAAGAAGACAGAGUCAUUGCAUUCGUACUUUUGCUCCGAGGGCAGGUCGCUGACGAGGCGCCCGCAGAGCCCGGAGAAGAUUGAUAGUCAGGAUAUCAAAAGCUUCCCGGCCCUGCGCGUUGUCCCCAAGGCCCCGGUGCAGCAGCAUGGUGAAGAACUUACGCCCCCUGUCCUUGAUCAUAUGCUUCAUGAAAAUGACCUUGCUGCUGCGCCGAUAUCUGUCGCUUCGGGUGGAGCUUCGGCUUCUGCGUCUGCCUCCACGCAUGAUGCGUCCGAAGUGUCAAGCUACUCGUCCGUCACGUCGAAAAUGGGUCUCUUCCCUUCGUUGGGCAGGUCGAUGGCGGAAUCUCCCCCCGACCGUGCCGCAUUUCCGACGCUUGCCGAUGCCAACAUGGCCAGCUCGCCCGAACAAGGCGGCGGCCCGUCCGCUUGGUUUCCGAGACCGCCGCCAUCAGCCCAGCAACAGCGAGACGUGCCGGCCGCCAUUGGUUGUGGGUCUGAAGCUGCACAGUCAGAUACAGUACAACAGCAAGCGCUGCACGCCGGAACCCCCAGAAGGGGGAAGCGGUCGCAUCGAAAGACCACAAUUAUGUCAAACGCGAGUGUAGCAUAUCGGCGGUAGCAAAGUUGGAAACGACAGGUGUUGCUGCUUUCGCCGCAUCGUGUCCGCCAUUUUUGACGAAGUCGUAAUCUGUAAAACAGUCCCGGUUCUUUUGUAUAACCGGCAACAAAGCGUUGCGCUCUGUGAGCAUUUGUCUUCUG